AUGCUGCAGCAGAAUGUACGCGCGCACAAGGAGCUGCUGCAACAGUCUGAGGCUGUGCCUGCGCUGCUGCAUGCACUGGAGGAGGUCUGGCUCAACACCUGCUCGGCAGAAAUCCUCUUCUACCUUGCUGACAGCCCGGUGCCUGGCGGUCUCGAUCGACUGCGCAUGAGCGACGGGGCGGCGAUACUCGUCUCCUACAUCACGCGGAACAUUCAGAAUCGACGCAAGCGCAUGCGAAGCUACGGGCCGACUGCUGCAGAGUACCCCCCUUUCCACGAGGUGGCAGCCAUCUACUAUGCUGUGCAGCUGCUCAUACUGCUCGCUGUGCGGCCGGACGGUGGUGGGGAUGACUCCGAGGACGAUGCGCUGAAGCUAGGGCUGCCAGUGCCCACUCAGGACAUAGUGGAAUUGGUGCAGACUGUUCUCGGUCUAAUGCCUCCGGCCAAACUGGCCGCGGCUGUGCAAAAGCUCGUGAACUGCUGCCCCGAGGCGCGCGCAGCACUAGAAGAACAAGUGCUCUCUCAGGACAGUCGUGGAACCGGGUGCUUUUCCAUUGCAUGGGCCUUCAUGAAAAAGGCGAUGGAGGAUCCGCGGGAAACACCUCUGGCCAAGAGCGAAAAGGCUGUAUAA